UUCAUCCAUGGCAAUGAGGUUGUUGAAGCAGUUAGAAAACACUCUUCUGACGACUACUGCCAUCUUUUUCCAUUGUUCCUCGUAUCAUCGGAGGUCGGCUGCUCGAUUCCUCUCAUCGUUGUCGUCCAGAGAUCGCACCCAUAAUACCCAAUGUGUGGAAGAGGAUGAUGAUCCAUUUAAUGGCGAUAUACGACUCCGUGAAAGGAUUGCAAAAUCUAGGGUUUCAGAUGCAUCUAAUAAUAAUAAUAACAGUCAGGUAGACAGAUAUCCUGAAACUAUUGAUGAUUUAGGUCUUACGUUCAAGGAUGAUGAUGAUGACUGUAAAUUCGUUACAAGGAGAAUCCAGCUAGGAGACGAUCAGUUCAGAAACCACCACCCAUUGGUAAAAGAAUUCUGUAGAUUAAUUGAACUUCGCACGAAUUGGAAUUCAGUACUUGAAGGCCAAUUGAGGCACAUACUUAGAGGCUUAAAACCUAAUCAAGUCUGCUCAGUUUUAGUCUCUCAGACCGAUGAACGUGUUGCUUUGAAUAUCUUCUAUUGGGCCGACAGACAAUGGCGGUACCGUCAUGACCCACUUGUAUACUAUUCAAUGCUUCAAAUCCUUAGUAAGACUAAGCUUUGUGAAGGUUCCAGAAGGAUCCUUCGUCUAAUGGUGAGAAGAGAAAUUGUGCUUAAACCUGAAGCUUUCAGCUACGUGAUGAUUUCAUACAGCCGAGCUGGUGAAUUCAGGAAGGCUAUGGGAGUUUUUGGUACAAUGCAGAAAACGGGUAUUGAACCGGACUUAACAAUUUGCAAUACAUCUAUACAUGUUUUGGUUAUGGGAAAUAUGUUAGACAAGGCUAUUAGAUUCUUGAAUCGAAUGCAAGUGUUUGGAAUUCAACCUAAUGUUGUUUCAUAUAACUGUUUGAUCAAGGGAUAUUGUGUUAUGAAUCGGUUUCAUGAUGCAGUCCAACUGAUCGAUGAAAUGCCUUCGAAAGGAUGUUUACCAGACAAAGCUAGUUACUACACUGUAAUGGGUUUCUUCUCUAAAGAGAAGAAAAUCGAGGAACUGAGAUUGUUAAUGGAGAAGAUGAUUACAGAGAGUAAACUUCUACCUGAUCAAGUUACUUACAAUACGAUUAUCCACAUGCUAUCAAAACACGGUCAUGGAGACGAAGCACUUACAUUUCUGAGAGAAGCAGAAUCGAAAGGAUUCGCGAUUGACAAAGUUGGAUACACUGCAAUAGUUCACUCCCUCUGUUUGUCGGGUCGUUUGGACAACGCUAAAGAACUGGUUAACGAAAUGCCGAUCAAAGGUAACACACCCGAUGUAGUGACAUACACUUCAUUAAUUAACGGGCUUUGCUGUUCUGGAAAGCUCGAAGAAGCUCAGAAGCUUCUUCACGAGAUGAACAAGUACGGUUGUAAACCAAAUACAGUAACAUAUACCGCUUUACUAAAUGGGCUUUGUCGAAAUGGGAAAUCCAUGGAGGCUAGAGAGAUGAUGAAAGAAGAUGAGCUAUGGAAACCAAAUGCAAUUACAUACAGUGUAGUCAUCCACGGUCUUCAUAGAGAUGGUAAAAUAAGCGAGGCCUGUAAUUUGGUUUGGGAAAUGAUCGGUAAAGGCUUUUUUCCAACGUCGGCCGAAAUCAACUUGUUGAUUCUGUCUCUAUGUCAGGAGGGUAGAAUAUUCGACGCAAAAAACUUGAUGGAAGGGUGUCUGAACAGAGGUUGUCAAGUAAAUGUGGUGAAUUUCACCUCUUUAAUUAAUGGUUUCUGUCGGAAUGACGAUUUGGACGGUGCUAUGUCAUUGCUGGACGACAUGUAUUUGUGCGAUAAACGACCAGACACUGUCACGUAUAAAAUCAUUAUAAACGCUUUAUCGAGGAAAGGCAGGGUAAAAGAAGCGGCUGAAUUAACCAAGCGAAUGUUUCAUAAAGGUCUGGUUCCAUGUUCCAUGACGUGUAGUUCAAUUAUUCACUGGUUCUGUAAGCAUGGUAAGGUUGAAGAUUUACUGGCGUUACUAGAGAAGAUGAAGAUUGAUACUAUAUAUAAUCAAGUUAUAGAAAAGCUUUGUUAUUUUGGAAACGUCGAUGAGGGUUAUAAGUUAUUGGGGAAAGUUCUUAGGACUGCUUCAAGAAACGAUGCGAAAACUUGUGGUGUGGUGAUGGAGAGUUAUUUGAAGAAAGGCGAUCCUCUUUUUUCUUAUAAGGUGGCUUGUCGAAUGUUUAAUCGGAAUCUGAUUCCCGAUUUGAAGCUCUGCGAGAAGAUUAGCGAACAAUUGAGGAUGACGAUGAUAGAAGCAGACAAGGCAGAUAAACUUAUGGUUCGAUUCGUUGAGCGUGGAAUCUCAAUGUGAGUAAAAAACAAAUGUUUUUUUUCAUUUUCACAUGCAUACAUACAUUAGAAAAAACAAACAAACAGUCUAGUUAACUAACGUUAAUUACUGCAGAGAUUUAGCCUUGAUCAAGUCGUUGAACUCUUGAUCGGUUGUUUUAAGCAUCUGAGAUAAAGGGAGGUUAAGAAUCCCAUUCUGUACAACUUCAACAUGUCUAGGCUUGAUCCUCUUCUCCAAACUGAAAGCGAAAUACUGAGGGAAAUCCUUCAACCAAUCCAAUUCGCCCUUCAUCUCAUUCUUGAAAUAGUCAAAUUUAGGAAUGAAAUUGUUCUCCACGCUGAAAGUAAACAGACCGGGACAUCUCAAUACCAUUCC